CCGCCCACAGCUCGCCGGGCAGUGGCCGCGCUGGCCCGCUGACCGCCUGCCAGGGCUCCCUUCGACCACAAGGCACAGGCCAAGGGCCGGCUGGUGCCCCUGGCGGCGUCUGGGGCGGGUGGGCUGGUCCGGGUCCCGCCGGCCCCGAGCUUCUUUUUGGAAGGACCUCUGUCCCAAGCUGACAGCUCCAAAGCCUUGUGUCUACAAGGGCUGGCCGUCCAGAAUGUCACAAUGGACGAGGGGUGCGCACCCCUGCUCCCUGACAGCCUCAUCUACCAGAUCUUCCUGAGCUUGGGCCCGGCGGACGUGCUUGCUGCUGGUCUGGUGUGUCGCCAAUGGCACGCUGUGUCCCGGGAUGAGUUCCUGUGGAGGGAGCAGUUCUACCGCUACUACCAGGUGGCCCGCGACGUGCCCCGGCACCCAGCGGCUACAUCCUGGUAUGAAGAGUUCCGGCGGCUCUACGACACGGUGCCCUGCGUGGAAGUGCAGACGCUCAGGGAGCACACAGACCAGGUCCUGCACCUUAGCUUCUCGCACUCGGGCUACCAGUUUGCUUCCUGCUCCAAGGACUGCACGGUGAAGAUCUGGAACAACGACCUGACCGUCUCGCUGAUGCACAGCGCGGACAUGCGGCCCUAUAACUGGAGCUACACCCAGUUCUCCCAGUUCAACCAGGACGACUCGCUGCUGCUGGCGUCCGGGGUGUUCUUGGGGCCCCACAACUCCUCGUCUGGUGAGAUCGCAGUCAUCAGCCUAGCCCGGUCCUCGUUGCCACCCCCAGACAACUUCACGCUGCUGUCCCGAGUGCGCAACAAGCCCUAUGAUGUGUUUGGCUGCUGGCUCACGGAGACCAGCCUGAUCUCGGGGAACCUGCACCGCAUCGGAGACAUCACCUCCUGCUCGGUGCUCUGGCUCAACAACGCCUUCCAGGUGCGGGCGCGUGUGCCCCCUGCGGCUGCCCCCUCCUCGGCCUGCUGCCCACCUGCUGUCUCCCACCCCCAGGACGUGGAGUCAGAGAACGUCAAUGUGGUAAAGCGGCUCUUCAAGAUCCAGAACCUUAACGCCAGCACCAUCCGCACAGUGAUGGUGGCCGACUGCAGCCGCUUCGACAGCCCAGACCUCCUGCUGGAUGCCGGCGCAGCCCCCGGCCGCGUCUUCGACCUGGGCAGCGACAGCGAUGACGAGGCGGUGGGCCCAGGGCCGGCUCCGGCCCGCACCAAGGAGGGCCUGCGGUACUUCCUGGACGGGCUCCUGGAUGGGCGGCCACAGCCCCCGCUGUCAGAGCACGCGCUGGAGACCAAGGUGGCCGAGCUGCUGGCGCAGGGCCGCACCAAGCCCCCCGAGCACAGCAUGGCUGCCGCCCGCAAGCUCCUCAUCUUCACCACGGGCUGCCUCACCUACUCGCCACACCAGAUCGGCAUCAAGCAGAUCCUGCCGCACCAGAUGACCACGGCUGGGCCCGUGCUAGGCGAGGGCCGGGGCUCAGACGCCUUCUUCGAUGCCCUGGACCACGUCAUUGACGUGCACGGACACAUCAUCGGCAUGGGCCUGUCCCCGGACAACAGGUACCUGUACGUGAACAGCCGAGCCUGGCCCAGCGGCUCGGUGGUGGCCGACCCCAUGCAGCCGCCGCCUAUCGCAGAGGAGAUCGACCUGCUGGUAUUUGACCUCAAGACGAUGCGGGAAGUGAAGCGGGCUCUGCGGGCCCACCGCGCCUACACGCCCAACGACGAGUGCUUCUUCAUCUUCCUGGACGUCAGCAGGGACUUUGUGGCCAGUGGGGCGGAGGACCGGCACGGCUACAUCUGGGACCGGCACUAUAACAUCUGCCUGGCUAAGCUGCGGCACCAGGACGUGGUCAACUCCGUGGUCUUCAGCCCCCAGGAGCAGGAGCUCCUGCUGACGGCAAGCGACGACACCACCAUCAAAGCCUGGCGCUCGCCACGCACCGUGCGCAUCCACCAGGCCCCACGUCCACGGCCCCGUACGUUUCUCUCCUGGUUUGCCAGCCAGAGGCGCUGAGGGGGCACUGGCCGACCGGAGCGUCCUGGGUGUCCUUGGGCUCCCGGGACCCACUGAAGAAGCCACAGAGGCCCACAGCCCCGUCCCAGGGCCCAGCCGCUGCCCAGACCAUGCGGUGGGCAGAGAGCCCGGAACAGUGAUGCCUUAGGAAGGGGGUUCGGCAGGGCUGCAGAGAAGGGGCGGCCUGACCCCCCCGCCCGCCACGCUCACACCACACCUCCCACAGCCAUGACGUUGAGCACCGGGGCGCCUCCUGGCCGGUGUGGGAUGCACUGGACGCCGGGGGCCCCACUCUUCACCCACCCUUUUCCCCCAGGGCCUGGGUCCCGGGCCUGCCAGCACCACGCAUGACCCGUGGCUGGCCCCGUGCGCACGGGGCGGCAUUUCCUCUGGGGACUGGUUUGUGCACCAGCAGGGCCGGCAGCGCGGGUCAGUCUGCCGUGGGCCCAGGCAACCUGCAUGUCACUGGUCACCUGUCUGGGGCCUGAAUAAACAGCUGGCAACAGCA